AUGCCGCCACCGCCAAGCAUCGACCGAUACUCGGUCGACUACGUCUUCACGCUGCUACUGAAGGACGUCGUCCUCACUAUGAAGGACGGCGAGGAGAUCAAGCUUGACUUGCUGCAGAAAGAGAUUCUGGCGACUGGGGAGAUGAAGCUGAGCGAAAUGGUUAUUGGCGGCUGCGAGGCACUCGCUCCCAACCCGUUCCAACGCCUCCACUUUAGGCAGCCGGCCGAUCUCCAUGGACCCACGCAGGGCGUUUCCUACAGCCUUAGCCACUAUUCGCUUGCCGACGCGCCGACCUUCUACGCUCUGUCCUACGUCUGGGGCACGGGGAGCUUCUCUGAACGCAUACAGGUCGAUGAGAAAUCCCUUUCCGUGACCAGUCAUCUCCUGGCUGGCCUAGCCGUCCUCAAGCGCCAGUUUGGCCCGACCCUGUUCUGGAUCGACACCAUCUGCAUCGACAAAAGCAACGACGCCGAAAAGACCGACCAGAUCUCCCGAAUGACAAACAUAUACUCCUAGGCUGAGCGCGUCAUCGUCUAGCUCGGACCCGCUUGCGACAACAGCGACCUGUUCAUGGCCCAGGUAUCCAGUCUAAACGCCGCAUUUGCUAAGGCGUCGGACAUUGAGGACGUCAAGCCGCACACCCUCGUAGCAUACGGUCUGCCGCUAAUCGAGAACGCCGUAUGGCUUGCCGUCUUCAAUCUUGCUUUUCGACCAAGGUUCUCCCGCCUGUGGGUUGUCUAGGAGGUGGUCUUAGCAACGGCGGCCACGGUUCUCUGCGGCGAGUACUAAGUUGAACUCGAAGAGAUGGCCUCGUUCUGCAACUGUUUAAGAUUUUCCUCGUUCAUGGCGACGUUGCACG